AAUUUUGCAAUCAGUGGACAGUAUGACUAUAAUAUCGCUAUUUUCAUCUAUAACUGUUCUCCAAAAUUCAUUUAAGCUAUCUUCGGUGGGAUGUUUAGUACAUCUGUACUUGUUAACAUCGUAACAAGUACUGUUAUGCGCAAGUAUAUUUGUCACACUCUGCAAAAUACCUGAAGCCUUCUUAUCAGAUUCCACAGUCUUCUGGUGUUUGUUUAUAUCAGUGUAUUCAUUUAAAAUUUGGGCGAUGGAGUCGGGACUUUGCAUAAAUUUUAAAAAACUUCUAGUGCUGAACCGUGACGGGUUUGGUUUGUCUAAUAAGCUUAGUUGUAUCUUCUUAUCACUCAUGAUUAUCACUAAAAAUAAAAAACUACGUUACUAAAGCUACAGUACACCCUUACGUGAGGGGUAGUUUCAAACGAGUGACACAAUUUCAGGUUUCAGGCGGAUUAUAUAGGUAAGAUACACGUGGUUGAUCGAUUAUUGGAAAAAAGAAACACCCACAUUAUCUGUUCCCAUACCUGUAUUCCAUACAACCUUAUUGGUACUACCCAAAGUUGUUUUUGUGUACUUAUUCAGUCUUUGGUUGCUAACCUAACCAAAAUAAGCUUUCUUCCAAUAGAAAGUUGUUUAUUUAGCCCGCCUGUGUACUAAGGGUGGAAUAUUGAUAGCUUGAUCAAUAUUCAGGGUUGUUUUGCCGUUUACUGAAGUAUAUAAUCAUAUUCUAGUAUAUUAAUAGAUGUCUAGACAGCAAAUGACAACAUCAUUUAUCAACUACCAUCUACCAUUAUUGUAUCGGAGGUGGUACUCACAUAAUUUUGACCAUGGCUGGAAGAUGAAACUCGGUUGCUCUCCAUAGCUUGGAGUUGGCGUUGUGCACUCUGGUGGUGAUAUUUAACUCGAUCCAAUUCCCAUUUCAGACGAUCCCUGUGGGUCUCUACGUUACGUAGUUGGCUCUCCAACAAUUGUAUUUGAGAACUGAACCGGGCAAUUUCCGAUUGUAGUCUACUAAAGUCUGCAUUAUUAUUCAUUUUUUCCGUGAUGUUGUUUGUACAAUCAAAAAUAAAGUUAUGAUAUAAUUCAUAGGGAAAUCCUAUUUAUAUUGGUCCUUUGACUGCCUAUAGUGAUUCAAUAGUGAUUCAAUAAAAGAAGUAUUUAAUUUCAUAUACUGAAACGUGAUGCUUUAAUUUAGUAUCACCGCUUUAGUUGCCUAAACUCCAUAUAAAGGAUUUUUAAUUGUACCUAUAAAUUUAACAAUACCAUUGUUAAGACCAUAAAAGUAAAGGAAGGUAAUGAUAACAUUUGAACUCACUGAUAAGCUUUUUAAUUAACCACAUGGCAAUUUUAUAGUUAAAAUUAAAUUUUAAUAAUGUUGAAACGGAUAUGAAAUUCAAUAGACUGAAACCUCGUGCGUCAUAUCGAUAAUACUGGUUAGAGGAAAAAAUUAAUAUUGAUGCUAAAAUGCAACCGUAUAAAUGUGUCACGAUCAGUAUAAAAUUUUCAUUCGAUACUGAUUUCUCGUUGAAACAAGGACUCUUAUCCCACGAAAGUAAAUUUAAAAAAAUGGGUGGGAUUUUCACGAAAAAACAAUCUAGUGUUAGUUACCAUGAAGAAAGAAUAAUAAAGAUCCUCGAACAAGAACAUCAGAGAAUAUUACACGAAAGGAUUUAUCACAGUUGCAGUAUAUCGGUGCAGCCGGAAAAUAUUGUGAAGAAUAGAUACCGGUUUUCACCUUGUUUUGAUUAUAACAGAGUGAUCCUACCAGCAGAUAACGGAGAAAGCGACUAUAUCAAUGCCAAUCACGUCAACGGGUACAAAACUCGGGGCAAGUAUUUGUGCUGUCAGGGCCCGCUUCCGUCAACAGCCGAAGAUUUUUAUAAAAUGGUGUUUGGGUAUCAAUCGAGAGUCAUCGUUAUGCUGACAAAGACACACGAAGAAGGUCAAGAAGUAUGUUACCAGUAUUGGAGCCCGAAGAAAGGAAAUACAGUGUUUUUCGGUGACUUCACCAUUGAAACAAGGCAAGUAAAGACCUAUCGUGACCAUAUAGUGACCAAGUUGCGGGUGACAGACGACAGCGAAGACUCAUUGGACAUCACACACUUUGCCUACACCGAUUGGCCUUUUAAAAGUGUGCCUCGAAGCCCAACAGACUUUCUCAACUUUGUCCUCAAAGUCAGAAAGGCUCAAGCAUAUGCGGAGUUUGAUAACAAGAGCUCCAACUUCCCUCCUAUGGUGGUCCACUGUUCUGCUGGAUUAAAUCGCACGGGGACCUUUUGCGCUGUAGACAUCAGCAUAUCGAGAUACAAUGAAAGCGCGACGAUCGACCUAGGAACAGUAGUGAAAGAUCUCCGCAAGCAGAGAAACAACUGCUUAUCUUUGCCUGUGCAUUAUAUAUUUUGUUAUCUUACAAUUUUAGAGUAUGUUAAAUUAGCUUCUAAGAAAGCGUAG